UCAACAACAGUCCACCAAUUUUCAUAACUAUAACCUGAACCUUCCUUCACUUGCAGCAAUGAGCUUUAAGAUGUCAACACCUUGUGAGAAUCUUUAUUAAAAAAUUAAAAGAAAACACACAACAGCACAACAAGAAUAGUGGUAAAGGUCAGCCCCCUUUGGUACAUCCCAUUAUUGAACAGUGUGUGCAUCUUAAUGGUCUUAACCUCCAUCUCAUUAGCCUGGAGAGUCUGUUACCAAACUUAUGAGUUACCAAACACAAAAAGAUGAUGUCAUGCUUCCAGAACAUGCCUGUAAUCCAUGUCGUCUGGAAGCAACUGUCAGUAGUGUACACCAAUGGAUUGCUGCGCUUUCUUAUUUUGGGAGGAGCCAGAAGAGAAACACCCCAGUUUCUGCUCCUCGGUGGUUUUUGCCGGCCGGUCCAGACUACCUGGACAUGACCAGAAGAGAUUCAUCCUCCAGAGGGGGAGGGGAGAUCAGGGCUAGAGCGAGAUUAACCUCAUGGAGGUCUUUAAAAGCUGCAGCGUAAUCCUCGCACUGAAUACAGACUGUGAGCAGCAGCUUGCCACUCUCUGUUUGAGGACACAUCCAGCAAAAGAGUUUGGAAUCCGACCGCCUACUCUUAGUGAAUAACAAGACUCAGGUCCUCGGGAUUACGUCUGAAUUCACAGGGGAACACCGGGGGACAAGAUGAAAAAGGGAAAGCAGGUGAUGGACAAUGAACCUCCCAGCUAUCAGGAGGCGACUGCAGGGUACGAGGAGAUGGAGGCUCAGUUUGUGUGGGAUGACAAGAACAUCAGACGGACCUUCAUCAGGAAGGUCUACGCCAUCCUCAUGGUCCAGCAGCUGGUGACUGUAGGAAUCGUUUGUCUCUUCACGUUCUGCGGACCAGUGAGGUUUUAUAUUCAGACCCAUCCAGGCUUGUACAUGGCUUCUUACAUCAUGUUCUUUGCCACCUACAUCGCUCUCUCCUGCUGCGGGGAACUUCGGAGGCAGUUUCCUUGGAACGUGAUUUUGCUGGUCCUUUUCACGCUGAGCAUGGCGUUCAUGAUGGGCUUUGUGUCCAGUUUUUACAACACAAAGUCAGUCAUCCUGUGUUUAGGAAUCACGGCGCUGGUCUGCUUUUCGGUCACGGUCUUCAGCUUCCAGAGCAAAUAUGACUUCACUUCCUGUCAGGGAGUCCUCUUCUCCUUGUGCAUGGUCAUGCUGCUGUGUGCCAUCACCAUCUCCAUCGUUGUUCCUUUCGGAUACGUUCCCUGGUUACACGCCAUUUAUGCAGUACUGGGCGCCAUCCUCUUUACCCUGUUCCUGGCGUUUGACACUCAGCUGCUGCUGGGAAACAAGCGUGUGAGCAUAAGCCCUGAGGAGUACAUCUUCGCCACCCUCAGCAUCUACCUGGACGUCAUCUACCUGUACACGUUCAUGCUGCAGAUCCUGGGCGGAGGGCGGGACUGACCUGCCCUGCUCUCUUCCCGUGCGAACGCUGAACUCUGAAUCCUGUUGAUGUGUCUGCAACACAGAGCACUGCAGCAGCUGGAGUUUGCUUUUGACUUCACAGGGAUCUCCCAACGCAGGCAAUGUUCAAUGUGACACGUUUAUUUGACUCACUGUUGGGAAGAGAAAUGCUCCCAUUGGGUGUGUAGCAACAAACCAACGUUCAGGGAAUGUGCACUUUGAAACUCAGCAGGAUUGAGUACUUUUUAACUACCGGAGUUGUACACAGCAUUUCUGUAUUGUUUUAUACUUAUAGAUCGUCAUCGCUGGUUUAACAUCAUAGGUUUGUAGACUUCAAUUCCUUCACCCACCUGGUUUCCUGUACAUGAGUGAAGCAUUGCAAAAAGAAUGUCUCUUGAAAUGUGUACAAUUAAACCUGACUUCCAAAGUAUGAUGAUGUCAUUUGAUCAGAACACUGUUUGUCAUGUUGCAGUCACGCAAUGAGGGUCAGAAUUAGCUUGUUGUACAACACAGUCUCAGAGUGGUCCACAGAGAAUUAUAUUUCUGGUCACUGUUUUGACCCCAAACACUUGCCGCUCUUAUUUUGUAUCAUUCAGUUUAAUGAUAAUAUGUUUGCCUUUGUGACGGAGCUGGGACGUGCAGUGCUACACUGUGACUGAUGGGGUUGAAUGCCAAGAGAAAUAUUUGACGAGAAGAGAGGGCAACAUUUUAUGCUGUGAAAAGUUUGAAAACUUUAUGUUAAUAAUAAUUAUAUUAUUAUUAUUAUUAUUAUUAUUAUUAUUAUUAUUAUUAUUAUUAUUAUUAUUAUUAUUAAUAAUAAUAAUAAUCAUAAUAAACUGUUUAAUACUCUCUACA